AUCGACCAGACCGCAAGUGGGAGGCGCACGGAAAAGGAAACCAAAGCGGAGACAAAGAUUGUCGUACGGUUGUUGUUUGUGCGUGCGCACAGUGUGCCAAGAUUUUUUUUGGAAAGAACGCCACCUUCCGCAAUAACAUAAGAUGAAUCUCUUGCAACUCAACGACGACUGUUUCGACAAUAUUUUACUUCAUUUUGGAUUCGACGAGCUAGUGACGCUGUUUAAUCAAGUAAAUAGACGUUUCGAUGAUGCCAUUGAGCGGCAACUGCACCGAUUUCGAGACUUUGAGUUCAGCAUGCGGCACCCUCCAGCCUUUAAUGAGGGGCUUCUGCUGUUACUAGGUCGCCAUUUGAAUAGCCUGCACAUAACGGUGGGUUACUCGACCAGCGACAAAGAUAUCCUUAGGUACCUGAAUCCCCUGUGCCAAGGGGCGACGGAGAGUCUCCGCCUACAUGCCCUCAAAUUGGACCAUACCAAAUGGUCGCCCGAUAUCGUGAAUGCUGUCUGUAAAGUUGCACGCUCCCUGCUCUUCCUGGACAUGCGUCACUGUGAUGUGCGGGAUUAUCAGAUAACACGUCUCUUGGAAUCGGCGGAUAAGAUGGAGGCGCUGGCUCUGCUGCAUGUGCACAAUCAGACGGGCGAAUCUUAUCUGCAACACAAUAUACUCGGCAAGAUGCCGGCCUUAAAACUCAUCCAUAUAACAAUUCUCGGAAUAUUGCCGUUCUCGCCUGAGGAGCUGUCCCAGCAGUGUCCGCACCUGAGCUUUCUGAUUAGCGAUCUGAUCAACAGUGAAUUCAAAAUCUACGGGCCACCGGCUUACCUGCAAGACUACUAUAAAUAUUACCAUGAAUAUUUCAAGACCCCCUGAGUGUUCUAAGUAACCUUUUAAAUGAUCUCAAAACAAAAACGUAAAAACACCAAAAAUU